CUGUCAGCCUCGUAACAAAUCUCACCUAUGUCGAGUCGAGCGCGAGAGACAGGAGCGUAAGCUUGUCCGCGAUCGUUUGUCCGCGUUCGACAGGUCUUUCAAAUAGCGUGCGUGUAAUCGGUGGACGGUAGAGCGUAGGGAUAUAAAUUGUAUUCGUAUAACCAGUUCCGAAAUAAAAGUUUGUUGGAAGGCCUGGGGAGCGAAAGGACUGCGGAGGGGACUGCAGUUAAUACGGGGCUUGUGUGUGGGCAUAUAAUAGCCGAUCGGGCAUACUGGUGACACGGCUGCGGAUUUUUCCUUCGGCAAGAAGGAAGGAACAUACGAAGCUCGCAAAGUGCAUGUGCUAGUGUGCGUGUCACUAUAAAAGAGUUCAGAGCCACUUCGGCGGCGCUCCCAAAUCUAACUGCAGAAUUGAGUCUGUGGUGGUGAGGCCGCGGUACUAUCGGGCCACGAUUGAGUACGAUCACGAUCGCACGCGGCAGGGCCGUUUGUAAUGGAGGAGGUUUCCGAGUGUAUUCCCGUGCGACAGAACAGUCACGGCGAUGCACGCCGUAUUGACUGAGACGCGAUAUUUAUCGUUGACUAUUCCCCCCGGCCGGCCGGGCAAGAGAGGCAGGUCGAAAUUGGUAUGGAAUCGUCCAGGGUCCUCGACACGACGAACACUCGCUCCCGUCUGUGAUAACCACUAGCCGCUUAGAAAGAGAUAGAAGAAGGGAGAAAAAGGAAAGAAAGAGAGAUAGAAAGCUGUUGUGUAUUUUGCGCGUGUGUGUUCUCCUCGUCUGCCCUCUUCAUUACGUCUUUAAGUGUAAACAUUUCUCGAAAUCCGUUUCGAGGUUAGGAUAGCAUGGGGAUUGAUCCCCUGAAGGCAUCGACCGACGAACCGUGACACCUGCGACUCGCGUCGUGUACGCGGUGUGUGCUUUUGUGUGUGCGUGCGUGUGUGUAUUCCUCCUUAGGAAACCGCUGGGAGUUAUUAUUUUCCAUCGGCGACCAUCCAACGGGACGACCAAAGAAGAAAAUAUGUCAAGAAUGGGGAUCGAUCCCCGACGAUUAAACGCCGUGCAUCGUUUACAUCAUUAAUUCGACUAAUACAAGACUAACAUCGGCAACGUUUUUUUUUUUACCGUACAAUCGACCUUUUCUGUCACGUUUAAACAGACUGUCGCAGAUUACUCUGCCACGACAGAGGACACUUGCACCAUGCAGAAAAGAGACGGUCGAGACACACAGCUACAGCUCGCGCGUAGCUCUGAACGCGAACAGGAAACGACCAAGAGGAUCUCUCGUGGUAGCGGUAAUGCUACCAGAUUCAACGCGUAUUCCUCAAGGUAUAGUGUCACCUCCUCCUCUAAUGUACUCAUGGUCGGUCCCAACUUCCGUGUCGGCAAGAAAAUUGGAUCUGGCAACUUUGGAGAACUUCGACUCGGGAAGAACCUCUACAAUAACGAGCAUGUAGCGAUUAAAUUGGAACCAAUGAGGUCAAAGGCGCCGCAGCUACAUUUAGAAUAUAGGUUUUACAAAUUAUUAGGUACACAUGAGGGUAUACCAGAAGUAUACUACUUCGGUCCUUGUGGGAAGUACAACGCUCUGGUAAUGGAACUUCUCGGACCGAGUCUAGAGGACCUAUUCGACCUCUGCGGUAGGAGGUUUACCCUAAAGACCGUUCUCAAAAUCGCCACACAGAUCCUUCAUAGGAUAGAAUACGUUCAUAGUCGGCAUUUGAUCUACCGUGAUAUCAAGCCGGAAAACUUCCUGAUAGGACGAUGCACAACCAAACGGGAAAAGAUUAUCCACAUCAUCGAUUUCGGACUGGCCAAAGAGUACAUAGACCUGGAGACGAACAAACACAUACCGUACCGGGAACACAAGAGUUUGACGGGUACAGCGCGUUAUAUGAGCAUCAACACGCAUCUUGGAAAAGAGCAGAGUAGAAGAGACGACCUAGAAGCGUUAGGGAACAUGCUGAUGUACUUCCUGCGCGGUAGCCUUCCGUGGCAAGGGCUGAAAGCGGACACAUUGAAAGAACGAUAUCAAAAGAUCGGCGAUACGAAGCGGAACACGCCGAUCGAGGUUCUCUGUGAUGGACAUCCCGAGGAAAUGGCUACGUACUUGCGGUAUGUGCGUAGAUUGGAUUUCUUCGAGACACCCGACUACGAGUACCUGAGGAACCUUUUCCACGACCUGUACGAAAAACGAGGUUUUGUCGACGACGGAGAAUUCGACUGGACUGGCAAGACGAUGCCACACAACUUCGAUCAACUUAGAGCUCUGAGGACGGCUCCUCCCUCUCACAUUGGAAAGACUAAAUCUGAUAAGUCUACACCUGUUGGAUCCCUGCAGACUGGACAAGAGAUUAUUGUAUCUCCGAAUCGUGAUCGGCACCCGUACAAGGAUGUGACAGAGCCAGGGGUGGGAGGCGGGGGCGGUAAAUGGGUGGGAACCUCGAGGACAGAUACUGCGAAGCAAUCAGGAGCUGGUGGUACGUUGACACCCGCUGAUAGGCACGGUUCUGUACAGGUGGUGUCCUCGACGAAUGGAGAACUAGCCAAUGAUGAUCCUACUGCAGGACAUUCUAAUACGCCAAUCACAGCACCUCAAGAAGUGGACAUGGUCGACGAAACCAAUGUUUGGUUUAUUUGCAGAUGCUGUUGUUUCUUCAAGCGGAAGAAGAAGAAAAGUGGAAGACAAAAGUGACUGUCUGUUAUCGUCAGUCUUGGGGGGGACAAUACAGUGCGCGUGUAACAGAAGUGCAGAUGAAGUUUUUUUUGGAAAACGUGUUGCGGCAGUGCGCGAAGAAACCCGUGGACAAGAAAAAGCUGCAGUUGAUCCGGAAUGAGGGAGGCCGUUACCUUGCUACAUGCCGGAAGUCGACCCGCUUCUCAAGAUUCGGUGCUGCACACCAUCGUCACGAUGUCAUGCCGCCGUCGUUAUCAAAUUAAAACCACCACACAGCCAUCAUUAUUACUGCUAUUAUUAUUGCUAUUAUUAUCGUUAUUAUUACCACGAUUAACUUUGCUCUUCUUCUUUUCGUUCUUACAAUUAUUAUUACGAUUAUUAUUAAUAUUAUAUUAUUAUUAUAUUAUUUUAUUAUUUUAUUAUUAUUAUCGUUUAGCUGAUUAUUAUUGUCACUUCGUCUACGAUCAUCGUUUAAAGCGAAUCGAACAUCGUUUAUUAAUGUCGAUGUUACCGAAUACACUGUAAACUUGUCACUGCUGACUGAGGAUAAUUUUAACCGUCGAUCCCAACCGUUUAGUACUGGUAAAUCGUUCCACCUACGUUACUAUACGCGUAUAACAGUAAGGAAUUGACGUGCCGAUGGUGAAAGAACGCGUUUUGUGCCUACGACUCUUUCAUCUUGUACCGCGGUGGCGCACUUUUCAACACGCCGUCAUUGCAAAAAUGUGUUACGAUACGUGUAUUAAAUCGUAAAAAAAAAAAGUUGAAGCUGAGAUCUCAUUUUACUCAAAGCCCCGGAUAACGAGCGUAGCGUACUCCUGCUUGUAUCGAACUUUAUAAACAAAUUACUUGUGAAGUCUGAUCGACUGGAAAGGCAUGAAACUGAAAAGGUAAACGCGUUUGCGUAUGCUUAACUCCGAUCAGUCACAAGCACGUUCAGUACGACAACAUUUUCCAAGUUCUUGAUCGUUUCAAUUAACUUCUUCUUAUUUUCCUUUCAACGAUCACGAGAAGCAGACGAUCGAGUAGGAUUGAAAUUCACGUAUCAUUUUCGCACGUAUUUUUCGAUUUCAUCGUUUCACAUUCGAAUCUUCCAAAUGUUUUGUCUUUUCGCUGUCGCUGAGAGUUUGACAAGUAGUUUCUCGUUUAAUGGAAGAUUAUAUCCUUUUAAGUUCAUCUUGUAUGGUACACGAGAUAUAACAGUAUUAACGCUAUCUGUAGGUAGCAGCGGAUACGUGCUAAAUUGCACUCACCGUAUUUUAGUUAACAAUUUUUAACUAAUUUUAUUUUACGCCUACACUGCCUGUCGUUAUUCUAUAUAAGUACACGAUUAUACGUGAAAACAUUACACUGACUGUACAUAAAAUAUAUCGAGAACUAUUUUGCUACGGAGCUGCAUAUGCUUUAUAUCGAUUGUUUUAGUUGAUCGCAUAUCAUUUACCGAGCUUCGUAUAACAAAACGACUGUUCAAAUUAUCAAUAUAUAUCCUGGAAAUGGAGCGAUAUAAAAGUGAUCGUAAUUCUAAGCAGUUCGAUUUCGGUUUCAUGCCUUCCGUGAAUUUAUCACGUAAAAGCUAUACGUCGCAGAAAUCAUUCAAAUUACAUUUUACAUAACAUAUCGAAACACAAAGAAAAGAGAAAUUACAAAUUUUCCUCUGUAGAUUCUAAUAUCUACCGUGAAAAUUGAAUAGGACGUAGAUCAACAAAUUAUACACAUGUAUUCGACACAGUUGAUCCGUGUUCUACCCAAAACACGAAGAUUCGGGAAACUUUCUUGAAUCGUAUCUUAGCGUCUAUAAAAGGACUCGUUCAUUUCGGAGUAAUUUUUUUAUUCUUGAAACACACGUGUUUAAACAAAGAUAAUUAUUAGAAAUGUAACAAAAAAAAAAAGAGAACCAAAGUAUGCUUGUAAUUGAAUAUACAUCAAUAUAGGUUUGAUUUUAAAGCAAUAAAAAUACAAACUUUUAUCGUCUCUGUUUAACUCUACAAAAGAAAAUAAAACAGAAUUUCCUUGGAACGAAUCGUUGUCUGCUAAAUCAACGCGAAUACAACUGGAUUUAAAACCAAAAGAAAAUAAAGAGAGAGAGAGGGAGAAAAAGGAAUAUAAAACUGUACGUGACAUAGUUAUACAGUACUGUGCACUUACUUUGUGGAAGACUUUCUCGAGAGCUUAUUUAAUAUGUUUGUGCCACGAAGUUACGAGAAGAAGAGCGUUACGAUGUGAUAUAUGCAAAUUCCCGUGGAUGUUCUGAAAAUGCACCCAAGCAAUGAAGAGAUUACUUAACGUGAAAAUAUGCGCGCGAUGGCGAAGGGGAAAAGGAUCUUGUCAGCCUUGCCGAUUAAACGAGCAAGUAAGAACAUUUGAUGUGUUGAUAGUACCGGAUGUUUUGUUACAAAUUUUCAACAUCGUUAAGUACGUCGUUGAAGGAAGUUAUACGUUUCAAACGAAUUUAUUCGUUUUACUCGAGCAGACAUACUAUGAAUUGAGAAACUUGUAUUGUUCGUUUAUUUGCAGGCUGAUUAAUAAUAAAAAAUUGAAUUACUUCUUAGUCUCAAGUUUUCUAUAUAUCUUGAUAUUAAAUUUUCCUGGGGGAUUCCCUGACGAUACAUGUUACGACAUAUGGGACGUAGAUAUUAAGAUAACAAAAUUCUUUUUGAGAAGUUAAAGAAUUCUCGAAAAGUAUGUACCGUGGUCGCGGAAAAAUAUGUCCUUUUAUUUUUUACUAAUUGUUUGUAUGGCAAAGUGGAGUUAUAUAAAGAAGUUAUAUAAGAAGCGAUAGAUUUUCUAAAAAUAUUAUUAUCUAUAAAUAUUCCCAAUAACUUAGUAUUACUUCAUAGAUGUACAAAAGAUUGCUAUUUGAAAGUAAACACAUGUAUCGUUAUAAGUAUAGUAGUAAAGGCAGAAGCAAAUACACCAUUUAACUGAUAAAGGCAAUAAUGAUAGUGAAAAAUGAAACUAUUGCUGUAAUGUCAUUACAUCCCGUUAGAUAAUUGUUGACUGAUAAAGAAAGUAAAGAAAAGACAGAUUAGAUGUCUUUGUGACGUGUCUUUUCCAUAAUUUUCUUCCACAGUAAAAUUUUGUCUAUUCGGGCAGUACUUCGCCAAAUGAAUUUGUAACAAAACGCAAUCGAUUGAUCAACUAGAGAAAAUUGUUAAACAACAUCGACGGUUGUUUAAUCGGCUGACUAGCAUAGAUGUUUUUCUUCUUGCAGGAAUAUUUUAAGAGGCGAUGUAAUCGGCAGACUGUCAUUUGUCUGCGCGUGAAGACGGCGAGUACUAACUUUACCGUGUCCGAAGGUCCGAACUUCUACUAGUCUGGCCAACGAUUGCGUACCACUGCCGAGCCAUACCGAUGUACCGUGUUAGCGUACCGUGAGUGCCCGUACACGUUGUAUCCAUUAAUUAUUGGCCAAGCACAUCCGACGACGAAAUGUUCGAUGUACUUAGAACGAAAGCGAGAGCGCGGUGCACUAGAGAGAGAGAGAGAGAGAGAUUGCAAACUAAAGGAAAGGAGAGAAUGUAUCACGAUUUAUGUAAAAACGAAAAAAACAAAAAAAAAAAAAAAGAGAAACUAACAAAGAAACGUUAUGUCGCUAGCUUCUUCACACCUGUAUGUAUUACGCUGUUAUUGGCCGUCGGAUGUCUUGAAGUAAUACGCUUAAAUGGAGAUGAGAACUAAACCUAUUAACUUUGUGGAUUUCCUCUCUCGUUAUUAUCUGUAUCUUCCCACUGGGUAUGUACCGAGAGUAUUGUUCCUUUUAUAAGCUUGCCAGCGCAAGUAAAUGUCGAACAAUCGGACGUUAGAUUUGUGUACAGCGAAAGUGUGCGAAUGCAAAUGCUACGACGGAAGGAGAGAAUGAGCGCGGUAAUGUAAGACCUAGAGAAAACAUAGAAAAGAGGUAUCGAUUGGCGGAGUGAAAGAGAACAAAUUCAGAGUACCAGAGUGAUGGAAGGACAAAGAGAAGAGGAAGGAGAUCCCGUUGUCCUCCAGUGUGUAUGCUUUCAUGUGGAAAGAGAACGAAUCUUCGUGUUACUCGAAUGCUUAAGAAGCUAAUGCCUCUUACGUUUUCUUACUUUUUCGUUACUAGUAUCGUUUGUAAGCAUGAUCUCUCGAUGGAACAUAUACGACACAAACAUACACAUACAAACAUAUGCACACACACCAAAUUUCGCGAUUAGGGUAUAUAUUAGUAAUGAAUUCCAAAAUUAAGAAACGGAGUUAUCUGCGUGAGAGGAGAAAGGAAGAGAGCACGCGCAAGAGAAUGAAAGUGAGAACGUGUGAAAGAAAGAAAGAAAGAAAAAUGCGCGAGUGAAUCUUGUGGAAACGAGAGAGUCUCCGUAUUUAUAUCGCUAUCCAGCCACAUAUCGUUGGCGUGAUUAUGCUGCAACUAUGUUGCAAUUUAGCUUGUAGUCUUUUUUUUAGUCGAUUUUUCAUGUGUCACCAGUUUUUAAAUACAACACGACUGACUGCUGGUUAAGUAUGGUUGUGAGCGAUUAAGAAAAUGUUUCCUUAUCUUAUCCGGGAUGUAUGUCCCUUUUUCUUAACGAUAUUUUUGUUUUCUUAUUCAUUCUUGUACUUCGUAUAGAAAAGGUUGUUAUGCUCGUCCCAAUGACGAAUUCGAUCGUCCAUUACUAAUGAUAGAACAAUGAUUGAGUUUGAAAACGAUUAUUUGUAUAUUUGUAAAAUGGUGCGAAUAGAUCGGACCGAGAUCAAUGUAUGUAUGUGUCUUUCAUUUCCUCGCUUUUAAAGAGUUGCUACAACUCGCGACUUAUCGUUCGUUUUUCAAUUAUGAGAACGACAAGCGGUCAUGUUCCAGCAAGACUCGAGCUGAUCGCAAAUCGAUCCGUAGAGGAUACGUGAUUUCCGUUGCGUUUCUUUUUUCAAUCGUUUGUUUUGUAAUUAAUACAAAGCGAAAUUUAUUAUUUUUAAUCAUGUAUUGAAAAAUCUACUUGAUAUUUUCUUUUCUUGUAUCGAUUAUAUAAGACUUGUUCCUUAAUUAUUUCUUUAACCCUGACUAUUUUUUGUGUGCAUUCUGUGCAUGGAACUGGUAUCUUCUUUAAUUGUUCCAUUACAUGUAUUUCCAAUUCGUUUUCAUUGUAAGGCAAGGGCUAAAGUUUGUAAAGCUAUUAUUAAAUUUUGAUCUGUCUUGAAAAUAUUUGCCUUGGAAUGUUAGUAACAUUUAUUUAAAAAAAAAAAACGCAUUCAAUUAUAGCUAAUAUGUUAAUCAACGCGUCGCGUUUUUUGUAGUGAAUUUUUCACGUGAUACAUUUCGCUCUGCGAACAUGAUCUAGAUAAUGUACGAUUAGUGUGCGUUUUAAUUAUUAUUAUAAAAGUUUGUGUAGCAUGUAUUCGUUGUUAAAGCAUUCUGCAGCUUGUGUUCGAUGAUUAUUUGCCAUUUAUAUGGAAUUGGCAGCUCAUGUGCAUUAUGAUAGUAUGCCCAUGUAAUGAGUGUGAUUGAUGACGUUAUAGAAAUUUUGAGAAGUUUAUCGAUAUAGUGAGGAGACGUUAUGCUAUGGAAAGAAAAAAUAAAAAUCGGGCGACGAUUAAUUUUUGUAAAUAGGAAUUAUUGGAAUGGAUAUAGAAGUACGCACACGGAAACACGAAAAGUUAAAAUAUGUGAAAUGUCGGAUAUCCGGACAUGUAUCAGCUUCAGAUUAUAUAUACAUAUACAUAUAUGCAUAAACGAUAUCAAUAAUGGCGAUUACUAAGCUGUAUUGUUACUACAGUAAUUACCACUGUCUCGCAACGGCAGUGAUCGACUAAUUUUAUUACCGCGUAAUCAUAAAUGAUGCCAGUGAGAAGUGAAUGUGUUCUUUGUGACGAAAUCGAACGAAGAAGAGUAUGGAUAUCGCUAAUGAAUUAUUCCAUUUGCUAAUUUAUAGAGACAAUUUAAAAGUAUCGAAGAUGCUUUUCGAAGAUAUUUUGUCCAUUUCGUACAUGUCUACAAACACAAAGACAAUGACGUCUGAAGUUUUUGAGCGAGAAUAUUCUAUUAUAUUAAUGGAACGACAUUGUUCACUUUUAACGUGCUUUUGUUAUUCUAUUAGUGGAUUCGUUUUCUUUCCACUUACGAAACUAAUAAUCUAUUAAAGAUAAAAAAAAGAAGAUUAAUGUACAUAGAAAUUAAAUUGUUUGAGUACUAUUCCGAUGGAUUCUGUGUUUACGCCAGCAAGCGUUGGAAUACGAGGGGCGGAGAGCGGUUUGCAUCUUAAUGGUGAAAAAACACGAGACUGAAAGACACACCGGACCAUAAAAAUUUCACGCGUUAAAUUCACGUAACAUAGAUGAUAUAAUGUAAUUUACAAAAUGGAUCAUGUCCUCAUUAGUUUUGUCAACAAAUGUGCACCUCUCUCCCCUACAUAAUACAUUUCUAUCGUACUUGUAAGCUGUGAUUGAAAUCCUAUCUUUUAAUUCGUAAUCACUGGCUUACGAAUUGUUAUUUAUCGACUAAUAUAUAUAUAUAUAUAUAUACCAUAUAUAUUUAUGUGUAUAUAUAUAUAUAUUAUGUGUGUAUAUAUAUAUGUAUAUAUAUAUAUACACAUAAAACCGUCUGAUAAAAAUCGCUUUAAUAGAAUUUGAAAAAGACAUUGAAAUUGCGCGAAAAUUUUUUCCUGUAAAUAAGCGUUGUGCCUGCGCACUUAGUCAAACAAAAGAAGUUCUUACUGAAUUUCUUGUAUGUUUUUAUUUUGACUAUGCAAAUUGACUACUUGACUAUACGUUUGGAGCUUCUUUUAUUCUCUUUUUCAACGCAUAUUGUAGAAAAAGAAUUUGUUUCCAAAGCUUCAAGUUAUAUUAGUAUGCGGUAAAUAGAGAGAAUACAAAAGAUCUAA